GAAAGAAGGAUUUAGAAACAUUGUUAGAAAAAGCAACAGGCCUUAGGGAGAAAACUGUAUUGGCAACCAAGUGGAGAUGAAGAGUGAACCAAAACGUAUGUGCAAAGCCCAGCCUAGGCAUUGAAACCCAAGAUCUUGUAUAUAAGACAUAAAACUAGGUACUUUAAGGAUAGAGGAAACCUGCUGAAAAACAGUCAUGAGUGGAACACAAAUAAAAAAGACCUGGGAUGCAGCUUUGGCAAGGACGGCCAGGGCGUGGGCAAAUAAAUGCCUUUUUAAACAUAACACAUAUUUAAGUGAGAGAUAUCAAUGUCAUCCUACUUUUGCAUCUGUUGGAGAGAAUAUUUGGAUUGGAAGUUAUCAAAUAUUUGAUGUUCAGACUGCCAUUAGAACAUGGUAUAACGAGAACAGAUUCUACAAUUUCUCAGUGCACACAUGUGCUAGGUCUUGCAGUCAUUACGCUCAGGUUGUUUGGGACAAUUCAUACAAACUAGGCUGUGCUGUUGUUUUUUGUAAGGAAGUUGCAGGAAUAAGAAAUGCAGCAAAUUUUGUUUGCAACUAUGGACCAAGUGGUAUUUUUCCAAGAAGACCAUAUAAAGAAGGAGUACCAUGCAGCCAAUGUUCAAAAGGGGACACCUGUGGAUAUAAAUUGUGUAAAAAUGCAGAACGUGAUAAAAUUAUCUAUUACUCAAGAUGGCAUCCCCCUUGGGAGUUCAGAAUUAUAUGUGAUGAGGCUUGUAUCACACUUAUAGUUUCGAGAGCAUUGUUGAUGUUUCUUGUUGUUUUAAUUGUUUAUUUUAUCAAAAAGCACUUUACAAACAUGAAUAUGUCUACAUAACUGUAUUUGAAAUACAUACUACGUUCUGAAGAUAAUCUCUAAUGAAUUAAGCAAAAAGUCUUAUUGCCAUAACUUUAAAGACAGCUUUCUUUUCAAGUAAUUUUGUUACUACUUUAUGCUGUUUAUAAAAAGAUAACAUGCUAUAAAACUGAACAUACUUGUAGGUAAGACCCAUGCUGGGAAAAUAUUAAGCUAAAGACGGCAUCUGAUAAGAUCCAAGGCAUUGUUUUUAAUUACCAAAUUUACAUAUUCAACUGCAUUUAAUUACCAAAUUUACAUACUAUAUUCCCGGUAUUCAAGGAGAAAAUUACUUAUCAGUUAAAUAACUUACAAUUCAUCCUAAGCCAAUAUUUGAAGUGAAAAUUGCUGAAUUUAGAUGCUGAGAGGAAGUACAUCGUAUUAUGUACUCAGUCCUAUUUCCUAGAGUGACAGAAUGUUCUGACUAAAAUAUAUAGUGAGAAGGUUCUGUAGAAACAGUUCUUUAGAAGUCUUGAUGUUUGACAAGUUAGUACAAUUUGGUUUUUAUUCAGUAAUGUAUUUAUCGUUCCUCCUUCAAAAUAAAAUGCCAAACCUUGUGUUUCAUUUGUAAAUUUUUUAUUUUCUUUGUUUUACCCUGUACUGUUACUUAUGCAUAAGGUAUUUCCUGUUCUGUAAAUGUUCUAAAGUUUUAAUAAUAAAUUUUCUGGUUUUUUUUUGGAAACCUGCUUAAGUCCUUUUAUACAACACAGAUUUUAUUCUUCUGUAUCCAAGAGAGCAAGUCUUUAAUUCAUAUGCUUUAAUUUCACUUUCUCUUAAAAGCGAAUUAUAUUUACACAAGGAUCCGAAGCUGUUUUUGUUACCAGUUUAAUAAAAUAGAUUUUCUUAAUUGUAUCAGUUU